AUGGCAGGUGCGGAGUCCGAUCUGAAAAAUAGGCUGUUGACAGCACUUUGCCAGUUGCAAAUCGGUGUUCGGGUGAGUUGGCAUCUUGAGAAAAAGCCGUCUUUUAGGAUAUUGUCCAUCAGCUCUUUUAAAUCUUUUGAUCAAACUUGUUUUUUUCGAAAAUAGUUUUUGUUUCAGAUCGAAGAUUGUCUGAAGACACUCUGCGCCGAGAAUCUUCCUCUCAAUCUGUGCGACAAGUUCGACGUCCGUCGAAUGACAUCCAACUACUUGAAAGAUCCAACAUUGAAAGGAUUCGCCGAGGAACUUCUCUCAAAAAUGGACGAGCUGGAGGCUAACCGUGAUGAGAUAGAAGAGAAGGAGGAGAAGAUGCAGGCACUCGCGCCGCCGGAGGUGGAGAGUGAGGAGUACUUGCAGAAGACUAUGUGGAUGAAGUUGGCGGAAAAAAACGAGGAGGACGAGCUGAAAGACGCCGAGGAGGAGCGGAAUCUGAAAAAGGAAAGGAAGAAGAAGAGAAAGGAGGAGAAGAGAGCCAAGCGCCAGAAGCAGAAGGAGGAGGAGAUGGAGAGCAUGGAACUGGAGGCAAUGGAGAAUGAGAAGAAGGAUCAAGAGGAGGCAAUGGAGACAAUGGAACAGGAGGAAAUGGAGAAGAAGAAGAAGGAGAAUGGUAUUGUCAUCAUCACUAUUUCUUCCGACGACGAUGAGGAUUGGAACGAUGAAAGUGAAGGAAAGGUAAAACUCUACGAUUUCCGGUACAAUCCGACCCCUGAUGUGUUUUUUCAGACUCCACAGGCACCGAUCGUCACUACUCCGUGCAAGAUUGCUAGUAAACCAGAAGAUGCGCAAGCCAUCAAUAUGGAGCGUCUCGUGGGAAAAGAAGCCGAUAAAGAAGAAGGUAUGCGCUUUAGCCACCGUUCUCAUUAGUGUCAACAUGUUUUUGAGUUGGUUAUUGCAGUUGAUAGUAUUUUUUUAGGUCUCGUCCCGACUCCGCCUCAGCAGGCGACUGAGCCGGUCGCCGAGAAUGUCCCCAAACGGGUUGUGGUCUGGAACGAGGUAGUUUUCAGUAUUCUGAUAACGUUUACUGUCUGUGUUUUAGACCAUGCGCAACUACGAGAAGUGCUACAAAAAAGCCGUUUACCAAGAGUUCCGAAGCCACUUGAAGGAGAAGGGAGUCGAUGAGACCUGGACAGCCUUCUACAAGCGACUCUUCCGUCAGCGAGAAGCUGCUCCCCCGGUUCCUCGUGCGAAAAGAGGAAGACCACGCAAGACCACGGUCUCCGAUCCCAACAAGUUCAAGGAGACGUCAGUCGAGUCGGGUAUCAUCUCUUUUCAAUUAAUCUUCAAUAAAUGUUUAUUUAGCUGCGGCUGCUGCUGCGUCGAGCACUCCCUCCAACUCCUCGAACAUGCCGACCACAUCGGAUGAGGUCAAGGCUCCAAAAGUCCGCAUCGACCCGACCUUCUGGGCCAACCGCAACAAACUUUGA